UGCAAAAGGAGUAUUCAAUGGGGAAUCAAGUUGAUAAAAAGUUUACUUGGGUGAUUAAGAAUUUUUCCACUUUGCAAUCUGAGAAAAUCUAUUCAGACGAAUUUGUGAUCAGCGGCUGCAAGUGGCGUCUUCUGGCCUAUCCCGAGGGAAAUAACAGCCCUAAUAAUUUUUCUCUGUAUCUGGAAGUUGCUGAUUAUGAAUCAUUGCCUUCUGAGUGUAGAAGGAACGUAUCUUUUACGUUUACUCUAGUAAACCAAUUUCAUGAGAAUCUCUCACUAGUGAAAGUAACAAGAAACUGGCUAGACCAGAAGGCACCAAACUGGGGUUUUACAUCUAUGAUUUGCCUUCAUGACAUAGAUGGUGGAUAUCUUUUGAACGAUGAACUCAAGAUUGUUGUUGAGUUAGAUGUUCUUGAAGUUAUUGGCAAAUUAGAUGUACCAGAGGAAUCUAAGGAGGCAACCAAACCUCUGAAAACGAUGAAGCACAAUAAUGAUGACGAGGACAUCCCAGGAGAUUUGGUGGAUGUCAAUGGGUUUCAAGUUCUUCCUUCACAGGUGGGUUUAGCGAGGUGUAUAUUUGAAGAACACAAAGGACCUGAGGAACAAUCCAAGGAUGAUCUGUCUGAUGCAGAAGCUGCUCUGGUAUACAUGAUGAAGAAGAAACUUGAUGAAGUAAAAGAAAGUAAGUAUAAAUCUGUCCGGGUGUGUGAAAAGAGGCAACACCUGCAUGACUUCGAGCAGAAGUCCAAAGACUUUAAAGCUCAGAUGGAUAAAUACAACGCAUCCAAGGCAGAGAUUUUGGAGGCCCCAGGCCCAGCUUCUGAUCGUUUUCUGUUCCUAAGGACGUGGAGUUUGGUUUUAGUGUUUUUUGGUGUUCUGGUCUCUCUUUGUUCUGUUUUAACUAAUAUAUCCCAGUUAAGGGGUUCGACAUUUUGUGAAAAUUAACUUUAGGAAUUUUUGUUUUGUUUUGUGGUUGAUGAAUGAUGACUGCGUCUAAGUUUCUUUAUUGCACUGUGUGUUUCUUGAUGAAAAAGUAAAUGACGUUGGAUGUAUGAACAGAGUAUAUA